CUCUUUAUAUGAGUUAUUCCCCUUUGUAUACUUCCGGUAAGCAUGGAUGCUUACGAUUUGUUUAGAAAACUAGGAGCUGGAGCUAAAUUUGAUCUUAAACGCUUCAGAUCUGAUGCUGAGAAACUACAUUUAGUAAAGCCAGUCAGUAAAGUUCAGUUGCCACGUCAGGAUGUCAACACUUCAGUAGAUUAUACUGCACAAAAUACUAGUGAUAAAGCAGAAAAAAAUGAGAAUGAUGAGUCAGACUCGGAUCAAGACUUAGAUCAGUCCUCUAGUGACUCAGAUUCAGACACAUCACAGUCUUCUAGUGAUAAUGAUGAAGAUUCAAAGUCUGGUUCCAGUUCUGAAGAUGAGGUAGAGCUCCAGCUACUUGGAAAUAUAAAAUCAAAGGGUGAUGAGCAGGGAGCCAAUUGGCAAGAAGAAAGAAAGAAAAGGAAACAAAAAAGAAAAAAUACUGACCCAGCAAAGAAAACAGCUGAAUUAAAAAAGGAACAAGUAAAUCACGUCCGUAAUUUGAACCGUGUACAUGCAUAUGGUACAGAUAUUCCGGAGCCUGCGGAGACAUUCGAGGAUCUGAGAAACACAUACAAUAUACAUUCACGUAUAAUACAGAACAUAGAAAAUGUGGGCUAUAAAACUCCUACCCCUAUACAGCUGCAGGCUAUACCAGUCAUGUUACAUAGAAGAGAAUUAAUGGCUUGUGCCCCGACUGGUUCUGGUAAAACUGCUGCUUUCAUUAUACCUAUACUACAUCAUCUCCGGGAACCAAGAAAUGAGGGAAUACGAGGACUUGUAUUGGCACCAACAAGAGAGUUAGCAAAACAGACAUACCGAGAGUUUCAGCGUCUGUCUGAGGGUAUAGGGUUUAGGAUACAGUACAUUGACAAGACUGGAAGUGAUAUGAAAAAAAUUAGAAAAGCUACCAAAAAAUGUGAUAUUCUGGUUUCUACCCCAAAUAGACUGAUAUAUCUUCUCAAACAACAACCUGCAGUCAUUUCCCUCACAAGUGUGCAGUGGUUAGUGGUAGAUGAAUCGGACAAAUUAUUUGAAGAAGGAAAGACAGGUUUCAGGGAUCAGCUUGCCACUAUAUACAAGUCAUGUGAUGGAACUAACCUUAGAAGAGCAAUGUUCAGUGCUACAUUUGCGUAUGAUGUUGAGGACUGGUGUAAACUUAACCUUGACAAUGUAAUACAGGUGUAUGUAGGUGCAAGGAAUUCUGCAACAAAGACAAUAGAGCAGUCAUUAUUAUUUUGUGGAACAGAAUCAGGCAAACUUAUAGCUAUCAGGGAUAUUAUACGAAAGGGUAUACAGCCUCCAGUGUUAGUGUUUGUACAGUCUAAAGAAAGAGCGAAGGAAUUGUUCCAUGAGUUGAUCUAUGAUGGUAUGAAUGUAGAUGUGAUACACGCAGAUAGAACACAGUUACAGAGAGAUAAUGUAAUAAAAAGUUUCCGAGCUGGAAAGAUCUGGAUUUUAAUUUGCACGGAGCUGAUGGGUCGUGGUAUUGAUUUUAAAGGAGUGAAUCUUGUGAUCAAUUACGAUUUUCCUAACAGUGCAAUCAGCUACAUUCACAGGAUAGGUAGGACAGGUCGAGCUGGGAGAUCUGGUAAAGCUGUUACCUUCUUUACAGAGGAUGAUGGUGUUUAUUUAAGAAGUAUAGCCAAUGUAAUGAGAACUGCUGGAUGCCCAGUACCAGAUUAUAUGCUUAAAAUUAAUCAACCAUCAAGGCAAGAUAGAAAGAAACUGUCAAAAGCUGCAAUAAAAAGGAAGAAAAUUUCUACAGUGACAAAAUAUGACCUACAGAAGAAUAAACAUAAAAGGAAAAUUAUAUAUGAUACAAAGAAAAAGACAUUAAAAUCACAGGGACAAGGGGAACCUAACAAUGACUCUACUUCUAACAGUGAUGGACAGAAAGUGAAACUAGGAAAACGAACACAUCCUGACACUGAUAAUAGUGAUGCAAAGAAAAGAAAAUUUGAGAAAAAGCAAAACCUUGUGAAAUCAAUUCAGAUGAAAUUUAAAGGUAAAAAGCCAGGGCAUUUAAGACAUAAAAAUAAAGGAAAGUCAGGGAAUAAAACUCAAGGAAAAGAUAAACAGAGAAAAGGAAAAGCACCAAGUGAUUGAGAAUUUGGUUUUGCAAAUAAUUCUGUAGACUUUGCUGGCGCGAUUUUCCGAGAAUUUAAAACAACUGUGAGGAUAAAGAUAUGGAAAAUGUUGAAUAUUCCAGAUUUGUAAUGUUUCAAGAUAGAAAUAUAUAGUUAUGAAUGGUGAUUGCCGAAUAAUUUUGAUUGUUUAAAUACUAAAUGCCUCUUUUAUGACAAUUCUAGUAUUUAAUAUUUUAUUAAAGUUGCUGAGUAAUAUUAUGAAAAGAAUUGUUA